ACGUGAUCCUCUGUAGUUGCAGGCGGUUUGUGUCCAUCAGAGAGCAGCGGACUAUGGAGCUGAAGGUGCGACUGUGUGUGCUGCUGCUGGCGCUGAGCCUGUGCGUCACGCUGCGGGUACGCGCCCACGACCACGACGAGGACGACGCGGACGUGGAGGACGACAUGGAACACCUGGGGGACGAAGAGCUGCUGGAUGCCGAAGAAGAAGAAGGAGAACCUGAACCAGAGAUUAAGACCCCCGCUGCACCUAAAGUGACGUAUAAAGCUCCUGAACCCAAGGGCGAGCACUUCUUCGCCGAGUCGUUUGAUAAGGGAACGCUGGACGGGUGGGUUUUAUCCCAGGCGAAGAAGGACGGCAUCGACGAGGACAUCGCCAAGUACGAUGGUAAAUGGGCGGUGGAGGAAAUGAAGGACAGCAAGCUGCCCGGAGAUAAAGGUCUGGUCCUGAAGUCCAGGGCCAAACAUCACGCCGUCUCCGGCCUACUGCUGCGCCCCUUCACCUUCGACACCAAACCCCUCAUCGUCCAGUAUGAGGUGAACUUCCAGGAUGGAAUCGACUGUGGAGGUGCCUACGUCAAACUGCUCUCCCAAAGCCCCGACCUCAACCUGGACGAGUUUGUGGAUAAGACCCCCUACACCAUCAUGUUUGGACCGGACAAGUGCGGCGAGGACUACAAGCUGCACUUCAUCUUCCGCCACAAGAACCCCAAAACCGGCGAGUUCGAGGAGAAACACGCCAAGAAGCCAGAAUCAGACCUUCGCACCUACUACACCGACAAGAAGACCCACCUCUACACUCUGGUGCUGAACCCCGAUAACAGCUUCGAGAUCCUGGUCGAUCAGACGGUGGUGGGCAGUGGAAACCUGCUGAACGAUGUGACUCCUGCGGUCAACCCCCCCGCCGAGAUCGAAGACCCCGAUGACCACAAGCCCGAGGACUGGGACGAGAGACCCAAAAUUCAGGACCCGGACGCAGUCAAACCUGAGGACUGGGACGAGGACGCUCCCUCCAAGGUCCCUGAUGAGGACGCAGUGAAGCCCGACGGCUGGUUGGAUGACGAGCCCGAAUACAUCGGCGACCCCGAUGCCCUCAAACCAGAAGACUGGGAUGAGGAUAUGGAUGGUGAGUGGGAGGCUCCUCAGGUCCCCAACCCCGCCUGCGAAGCCGCGCCUGGCUGCGGAAAAUGGGAGCGUCCAGUGAUCGACAACCCCAACUACAAGGGCAGUUGGAAGGCACCCAUGAUCGACAACCCCAACUAUCAGGGAGUGUGGAAGCCCAGGAAGAUCCCCAACCCGAACUUCUUCGAGGAUCUGCACCCGUUCCGCAUGACUCCCUUCAACGCCGUGGGUCUGGAGCUGUGGUCCAUGUCCUCCGACAUUUUCUUCGACAAUUUCUUCAUCACGUCGGACCGUAUCGUGGCCGAGCGCUGGGCGGAGGACGGCUGGGGGCUGAAGAAAGCUGCCGAGGGAGCUGCUGAGCCCGGACUGGUGAAUCAGAUGGUGUCUGCAGCAGAGGAGAGACCCUGGCUCUGGGUGGUCUACAUCCUGACCGUGGCUCUUCCCGUGGUCCUGAUCGUCGUCUUCUGCUGCACCGGAAAGAAGAAUGCGGCCACGCCCGCUGCCGAGUACAAGAAGACCGAUGAGCCCCAGCCUGAUGUGAAGGACGAGGGUGAGGGUGAAGAGGAAGAGGAGGAGGAGGAGGAGGAGGCGGCGGCAAAGGAUGAAGACGAUAAGCCGGACGCGGAGGACAGUCCUGCAGAAGCACCUGAGGAAGAGGAGAAAAAUGAAGAUGCCGAAGAUCAACCAGAUGAGAAACAAGAGGACGAGGUUCUGAGACGAUCCCCGAGAAGCAAAACCAGAGCUAGAAAGGACUGAUGGACAGAACUACUGCAGCCCCACUUAGUGUUGCCCCUGUAACCCCUUCCUAACGGGACCUCCUCCUUCCCACCCCACUCCUUCCCUCCUCGCCCCUCCUCGUCCUGAUUCUAACGUUCCCGGGUCGUCUUCUCCAUCAAUAAAGUCACGAGAAACCAGACAGAAACCGACCGACAGAAACCGACCGCCUGGACGACACCGGGCCGCCGCCGCCGCCGAGGGUGACCACCAUGACCCACCAAGCUUGUGAUGAAUAGAUUAGAAACGUUCCCGUUUCCUGACUGUUCAUGCUCAUUUCAAUUUAAACGCCCUGUCUGUCAUGUUCAUGGUUCCAACACACACACACACACACACACACACACACACACACACCUCUGCCUGUCUGGUUCCAGCGAGUUCCUAUCUGGCAGCACUACAGCGCCACGCGUCAGGCUGGGAUCUAUCAAGGAGAGACGGAAUUCCUGGGCCGAUUCCAGAGUCCGGGACGAUCCCGAUCCUCUCAGCUGUAUGUUUGGUGUUAGAUGCUACGCUAGUAUCUUCAUCCUCUCCAACUCUGCUAAUAAAAUAACUCAAAUCUUCCAGGCGCUUUACAUGCGGGUCGUAGGAAAUGAAAAGUAUGAAAGAGAUUCCACCCACCCAUUCCACGAGGGCCGGGGUCCGUUUUUAUAUUUGAUUUUGUUGUUUUUUGUUUUUUAGUAAGUAAGAACAGGCCGUAGUGGACGUUCAUGCCUGCCGAGUGUUCACAGUAGGUUCUAGUGCGCUGCCUUAAGUGUAGCACGUGGACACGGUUUAGCCCAUUCUCUUUUCUCUCUUUCUUUGACCGUACUGUGA